UUUUGUGAAAUUAAAAAAAAAUGUCGCAAAACAGAAGUAAAGCACCAAAAUAGGGCAAGCAUAAACAUUACACAAGUACUGAAAAGAAACUAUUUUUGGAAAUACUAAAAAAAUAUAAGGAUGUUAUAGAAAUUAAGAAAAGUGAUUUAACAACGUUAAAAGACAAAGAGAUGGCAUGGGCAGAAAUUGAAAAAGAAUUCAACCUCUUAUCUUUAGUCAUGCAAGAAAGAACUGUGCAACAGCUGAAAAAACUUUGGACUAACUUAAAGCAAACACAGAGAGAUGCACUAACAAAGGAGAGACGAUCUCGGUUUGUUACUGGAGGAGGUCCUGCAAUUCCACUGGCCAUGAUUGAUCCUGAUGUUGCUAUCAUAGCUCCUAAUUUGAUGAAAAAUGCCCCAAUUUUAUUUUCGUUUAAUAUGCCAGAAGAGGUUGUUCAUGACCGACGUCAACAGAUUCUAAAUAACGAGAAUAUUGAUAUAAUUGUGCAAGACUCACAAUUUGAAAUUGAUGAUGAAUUGAUCACUGAUGAACUCCUUGAUGCCACAAUACCAUCAGAAGCUACAGUCAUAAACACAGAUUCUGAAGGCAUGUCACAUGCUGGUAGCAGCAACAUAAGUACAAUUCAUUCAAAAGCAUCAAAGAUAAAAAAGGGUACAAAGGACAAAGCCUACAACCGGACAUACAACCUGCAGGAACUUCAGUUUGCACAUAUAAGACGUAUUAUGAAGCAGGAAGAGGAUUUGGCUACAUUGCACAAGCAAAACCAGAAGGUAUUGCAUAAUUUAGCAUACGAACAUGCUAAAACGAAAUAUGCGUUAGAGAUACGUGCCGUCACAGCUACGGCACAAUUAGCAGAAUUAUUGUUAAAAAAAGAGAUGGAAAAAUUAUGUCCUUUUAUUUACAGUAUUUAUAUAUUACACAAUAAACUGAUAUAUAAAAAAAACAGGAGUUUCUAUUUCAAAUCCUGGUAUUGAUUACAAUUUACAAUUUGAGAGAUCUUAUUUAAAGUCACAACCUUUAUGAUACUUAUGC